GAUGUUGUCAUCGGUGUGUCUUCACCCCUCACUCUCUCCCCUCUCCCCUCUGUAUAGCCCCGCUCCUAACAAACUGGGCGACCCCACCCCCACCCCACGUAGAGCUGCCACUCUAAAUAGAAAACAGCACCAUCAUGCUUCUUCACCCGCCUUCCAGCCCCCUCUACCACCGCCAGAGGCUGGAGGAGUCACCCAGACCCAGCCUGUGGCUGAGCCCCAGACCCAGGAGCAAACUCUGUGUGGGAGUACAGAGGCUGGCCAGCCUGGCCUGGCUGGGGGGGGUGGGGGUCAGGGUGGGGCACCAGAGGUCCAGGUGGCCACAGGGCAGCAGCCUCUGCCUCUUACCCAGCACAGCUCUGAGGAGAAUAGCCCUGGCCAUGACCCCACCACCACCCCCGCUCCCCUGAGGAACGGGGGCUCCCAGCUCACCGUGGGGACGCCCCACUCCCAGGCAGGAUGCAGGGGUCCUAGCCCCCACAUUGGACGCAGAGGUACUAAGAAGCAAGCCCCUGCCCCACCCAAACAGGCCAACCCCUUUGUAGCUAAUGUCUCCACCCUUGGCCACAGUCCCGCGCCUAACAACCCCUACCCCCUCAUCACUCCACGACGCCACUCUGGUAAAGAAACCCCCAUCCACGCCCCCAGCCACCCUCCCCCACAGCCCCCUCAGUCUCAGGGGGAGUCAGACCCCUCUCCGCCCCACACCCCCACACCCCCUAGCACCCCUCCUCACGAUGGUCCAACCUCCACCCCCUUCACCCCUCUAUCGUCCUUCCACUCUGGCUCCCUCCCUCGCCCCACCAGGCCGGCUCCGAAGCCACGCUCCCGACCUACAGUUCCCCCGCCCCGUCAGCCGCCCACCAAUGACGACAGCAACGGGCCCAGCGGCUCUGCCUCCAAGGUCAUCACCGAUUCCAGCCUGAACUUGAAGGGGAUUGGCCGAGCCCUUAUCCCUGAAAUUAUGGUGGACAUACAAGGGGAGAGCUCUGCUGGUCAUGAGCCCUCCCCCUAUCCAACCCCACCCUUGGACCCUGAGAUCCAAUCAGAGAGCACCAGUCUGUGAAAGGGGAGGGAUCACUCCAACUGACAUCACCAAAAAACAUUCUGCCUCUGCCCAAUUGGCAAUAUGCUAGCCAUUCAUCCAAUCGCCAUAGUCGGAGUCAGCUCGGAGCCUCUACAGACUGGACCAUACAAACUCCCUGCUCAUCAAUCCAGUGAGCAAUAAUGUCUGCAACAAACAACCCCUAGCCAACAUUACUCUCUACAACAAUACAGGGACUAGACAACCUUCUCUUACUCCAUAAUCCAAACUCAACACUGUUGGCACCCACCACCCAACACCCUCAACACCAACACCCUUCCAUCCAUAAACCAUCAACAGUAUUGGAACUGGACCACAGGAUCACCCCAUGUUCAUUGAACCUUCGUUCUGCUAAACAUGAUAGGAAGUUGGCCUGCAGCUUUCUAUUGAAUCAACCAAGCCUGUACUGGGACUGGACAAUAUAUAUAUAACCACUGAACUCCAAUGCUGGCGAAGCUGUAAUGUUAUGACCCAGUACCUGGAAGCAUCUGAUCUGAAUAUACUGUUUCAUCUUUGGAUCCAUUGUAGAAUGUUGACAUUGAAUUGGGGCUGGGUGGGAGGCUAAGCUUGUAAACCUAAAAGCUCAGAACUUGUAUGUUUGUAUGAUGUAACUUUCCUCCCUGUGGUACAUUGUAUGGUGGUUGUAGGAAUAUUUUUUUAAUGGAAAUUGCUCAUUUGUAUGUCCUCAAUGCAUUACCUAAGAUUGUCUACAAAACUGCAAUUUUGCCCCAUUUGAGAACUUUCUUUAAUGGUUUUUAAUGGGCCAAGUAAUACAAAUGUAAUGCAGAAAGUGCUAUUGAUGAGCAAAUAUACAUGGUGAGCCCAAAGAAUCCUAUAAAUUGCCAUACUUCCUUUGAUGAGAGCUCUCAAGGACCAAAGAUGCCAGUUGAUGAAUAACUACAUUUGGUGAGUGUGCUGCUUUGUGUUUGUAAUAUAAAUGUUGUAAUAGUUGCCAAGGACCAAAUAAGUAUCAAUGAGGAGUGCAAUUGAAUGAACUGCAUUCGUUUCAUACGGUGUCUUCUCCACUCCCAUUAUUCACCCUGGUUCAUUUGUUGUUGUUUUUAACCUGUCUUACCACAAUAUACUAUAGGACUGUGUUUUAUUCAACAGAGCUGAAUUCAAACAAAACAGUCACCCCUGCCAAAAAUGUGUAUACCAAUCACAGCUUUCCCCUUUAAAAUAAAAGUUAUAUAAGAAAAGUGAUUGGAUAUUCCCUGCCACAGAUUUCCCCUUUAAAAGAAAAGUUAUAUAAGAAAAGUGAUUGGAUAUUCCCUGCCACAGAUUUCCCCUUUAAAAGAAAAGUUAUAGAAGAAAAGUGAUUGGAUAUUCCCUGCCACAGAUUUCCCCUUUAAAAGAAAAGUUAUAUAAGAAAAGUGAUUGGAUAUUCCCUGCCACAGAUUUCCCCUUUAAAAGAAAAGUUAUAUAAGAAAAGUGAUUGGAUAUUCCCUGCCACAGAUUUCCCCUUUAAAAGAAAAGUUAUAGAAGAAAAGUGAUUGGAUAUUCCCUGCCACAGAUUUCCCCUUUAAAAGAAAAGUUAUAGAAGAAAAGUGAUUGGAUAUUCCCUGCCACAGAUUUCCCCUUUAAAAGAAAAGUUAUAGAAGAAAAGUGAUUGGAUAUUCCCUGCCACAGAUUUCCCCUUUAAAAGAAAAGUUAUAGAAGAAAAGUGAUUGGAUAUUCCCUGCCACAGAUUUCCCCUUUAAAAGAAAAGUUAUAGAAGAAAAGUGAUUGGAUAUUCCCUGCCACAGAUUUCCCCUUUAAAAGAAAA